AUGACUUCACCAACUGUGACAAACCCAACAUUUGAGCACCAUCACAACGGUCUGGGACUCGGGCGUCCAGAUCCAAGAAUAUCAUGGAGAUUCGAGACCGAAUCUUCAACAGCACCAAGCUGGGUUCAAAUUAGAUAUGAAGCCGAGGUCAAGUUCUCUGAGACGGAGACUUACUCGCGGACAGUCGAAUCAAGCGAAUCUAUUCUUGUACCGUGGCCAUUCAGAAAUUUAAGAUCACGCGAACUUGCCAGUGUAAGAGUUCGGGUCCUUGGUAGGAGUACUUCUAUUCAAUUUGAGGGAUGGAGUGAUUGGUCUGCCAGCUCGAGUGUUGAAGCUGCACUGUUAGAUCCUGCCGAGUUCAAAGCAAAUUUCAUUGCCGCGGCAGAACGAAUUGGUCCCCAUGGCCCUCUACAGCCUCUCUGUUUCAGGAGGGAGUUCAUAUUGCCUGAAAUUCCCCAGGGGAAUGCUAGGCUAUACAUCACUGCUUUCGGCGUCUUUCACGCUUGGAUCAACGGAGUGCGGCUCAGCGAUGAGGAGAUGGCACCAGGCUGGACCAAUUAUCGGUCGCGCUUGAACUAUCGAAUAUGGGAUGUGACGUCUCUAGCUGCUGGGAAUAAUGAGAUCCACAUUGAAGCAGCUGAGGGCUGGUACGCCGGACGACUUGGAUUCAAAGGAGGGCGACGCUUCCAUUACGGAGAUGAGAUCGCGGUCAUGGCCCAGUUACAGAUCGGGGACUGGACCCUGCUGACGGAUGAGUCAUGGACUUGUGGCCCUAUCCCGGUCACUAUGUCUGAGAUUUAUGAUGGUGAGGUUCAUGACUUCAGCGAGAGCUCGAUUCAUGACAAGCCUGUGAAGAUUCUCAGUCGUCCAUCGGUAAAGUUAGUAGCAGCCGAGGCACCCCCUGUAAGGGUUACAGAGACCAAGCCUGCUGUAGCUGUCUUCAAGUCAACUUCUGGCAAGACCAUUAUCGAUUUCGGUCAAAACCUAGUAGGAAAGCUGGCGGUGAGGAACCUCGAAUUACAGGGCCAGGUGACCUUUAUGCAUGCCGAGGUGAUGGAGCAUGGGGAGCUUGGUAGUCGCCCCCUUCGCGAAGCGAAAUGCGUUGACACGGUGAAAGGCAACGGUAUCUUUUCGUGGACACCGAAAUUUACGUUUCAUGGAUUUCGGUACGUCCAGAUCGACGGCUGGGAGCCACAAUUGGAAAAUAUCUCUGCACUUGUCAUGCACACAGAUAUGAAACGGAGAGGAUUCUUCCAUUGCUCCAAUAGCUCAGUCAAUCAGCUACAUCGGAACGUGAUAUGGUCAAUGAGAGGAAACUUUCUGUCCGUCCCAACCGACUGUCCUCAAAGAGACGAACGGCUUGGUUGGACUGGAGACCUCCAGGUAUUUUGCAGGACGGCAUCGUUCCUUUAUGAUACAAUUGGGAUGGUGGGAGAAUGGCUGCAAGACGUUGCAUCUGAGCAGAAGAACGGAGUUCCACCAGUCGUCGUUCCAAACGUUGCUCCGCCGAAUUGGCAGGAUUUCCCACAGGCUGUCUGGGACGAUGUCACAGUCUUAGCCCCUGAUGUUCUGUAUGAAUUUAGUGGUGACAAAGACCUCUUGGAACGGCAGUUCGACAGUAUGCUUUCCUGGCUUGAACAGGGGGUCGAUCGAGUCGAAGGACUGUGGAACCCAGACAGGUGGCAACUCGCAGACUGGCUGGAUCCAGUCGCUCCCCCAGAGGAACCAGCAUAUGGCAGGACCGAUAGUGUUCUUGUUGCUGAUGCCUACUUGGUCCAUGUGACUGAAGUCUUUGCCAAGCUAUGUGCCGCAAUGGAAAAAGACGCGGAGGCUACAAAGUACGCAAAAGAUGCUAUUCUGUUGAAGGAAAAGUUCCAGCACAGGUAUGUGACUCCCGCUGGGUUACUAGUUGGGAACACUCAAACUGGCGUUGCACUUGCACUUCACUAUAAUCUUUUCCCGCCUGACAAGAUUCCGAUGGCGAAAAAGAGCCUUGACCGCUCCGUGCGAAGCGCAGGCUUCCGUAUCGCAACCGGGUUCGCUGGCACACCGGUUAUUUGUCAUGCUUUGACGAAAGUCGGGCUAUCCUCAUUGGCAUAUAGAAUGUUACUUGAGAAGAAGUGUCCUAGCUGGAUGUACCCUAUCACCAUGGGUGCAACGACAAUCUGGGAGAGGUGGGAUAGUAUGCUACCGACCGGAGAUAUUAACCCCGGCCAGAUGACAAGUUUCAAUCAUUACGCACUGGGUGCAGUCGCAGACUGGCUCCACACCACUGUCGGAGGUAUAUCUCCACUAGAGCCUGGUUGGAGAAGGGUACGAAUAAGUCCAAUUCCUGGAGGAAAUAUCAGGUGGGCAGAUAUCAGUUUCGACGGCCCAUACGGGCUGGUGCGAUGCUCUUGGAACAUUCAGCUCCAAACAUUAUCAAUUACUGUGCCUCCUAAUACUAGUGCAGUCGUCUCAAUUGAAGGCCAGGAGAUCGAACUUGGGUCUGGAGACCACAAUUUUGCAUUUAGCACCGAAGCUGUUUCAUGGCCCCCCGAGCCAUUUGUGGCAAGUUACAAACCUCGUCCUGAAGACGACAUCGCGGUCUAG